CCUCAGAGUCACACCCAGCAACAUUGAUGCUGCAAUCGUUCUUGAAUCCCAGAUGUUUAUUCUAUUAAAAGGCCGUGUCUGUUCUGGAUUUUUCACGAAUCAAUUUGCGCCUUGUAUCGGUCUUUCCAAACGUUUUCAUCCAAAUUUUUCAAGCAGCUACUUCAGAUCGGUUACAAUGAAACAGUCGGUAGAUACAGGAGCAAAUCCUCUGGGAUUCCUUGUCCCAGACGAACCCGCAGAGCCGCCAAGCUACGACAUUACCCUCACUGGUCGCUAUGUCACCAUCGUGCCCAUAUCUCCCGAUCAUGCCGAAGAUCUCUACGAACAAAUAGGAGAUGAAAAACAUAUUCCGUUAUUCGACUACCUCUUCGACGAGCACCCAAACUCAGUAGAGGAACUCCGUGCAUCACUAACCCAAAAAUCUAAAACAUCGAAUCCAUGGGCCUAUGCAAUCCUAUCCAAUGACGCUGCAGCGGGUUCAACCAAAGCAGUGGGAAUGGCCUCACUGAUGCGGAUGGACCAGCCAAAUCGUGUGAUAGAGGUUGGCAGUAUAUUAUACACUCCCGCGCUACAACGCACCCCCGCUGCCACGGAGGCCAUGUACCUCCUCGCCAGAUAUGUCUUUGAGACCCUGCAUUUCCGGCGCUACGAGUGGAAGUUGAAUUCAUUGAACGCGCCGUCACAUCGUGCUGCCAAGCGUCUGGGCUUCGUGUAUGAGGGGACGUUCAGGCAGCACAUGAUCGCCAGGGGACAGAAUCGUGAUACAGCGUGGUAUUCUAUCAUUGAUUCGGAAUGGCCGGUCAUGAAGUCUGCUUUUGAGCAGUGGCUGAGUGUAGAGAACUUCGAUGCGGAGGGAAGGCAGAAGAAAAGGCUAGAGGAUUUCAGGGGAUAAUAUUUGUUUAUGGCAGUAUCUGCCUUUGCCUUGGUUUAGACUUUAAUGGUUAGACAAACGCGAUGAUACAGAACGAGGACGGUGGGAGAAUGGUUUAUGAACCGCUAAAUACCCAUACUUCCCACUCGAAGUAACCGAACAACUGACUCGAGUUCAUAUGAACCAUGCUUAAUCGAAC